CGACACCAGCUCCGCCCGCAUAUCCCCGGCCAUGGCUCUGUAGCCGCGACCCCUCCGUGCCCCCUGCCCGUCUCUGCGCUCACCGCGCCUGCGCUCUCCGCUCCCACCUUCUUCCUUCAGCCGAGGCCGCCGCUGCCUCUUCUUUCCGCAGCCAUGGAGUCCUCCACUCUCACCUUGGUGCUUGUCUUCGCCCAGCUGAGCAACCUCCAGAGCCUCCUCCCAGCUGUUGGCGCAGCCUCCUUCAUUGCCACCCGUGCCCUGCGCCUGUGCUGCAACCAUGUCACUCCUGGCGACCCUGGGGCUGGAGCUGGACAGGGCCGUACUCCCAGCUAGCGGCCUGGGCUGGCUCGUAGACUAUGGGAAACUCCCCCUGGCCCCUGCCCCCCUGGGUCCCUACGAGGUCCUUGGGGGAGCCCUGGAGGGCGGGCUUCCAGGGGGGGGAGAGCCCCUUGCAGGUGAUGGCUUCUCGGACUGGAUGACUGAGCGGGUUGACUUUACAGCGCUCCUGCCUUUGGAGCCCCCCUUACCCUCAGGUGCCCUCCCCGCACCGUCCCCACCCCCACCUGACCUAGAAGCCAUGGCCUCCCUCCUUAAGAAGGAGCUGGAGCAGAUGGAAGACUUCUUCCUUGAUGCCCCACUCCUCCCACCACCCUCCCCAUCACCUCAGCUGCCCCCGCAGCUGCCGCCACCGCCACCCUCCCUUCCUCUCCCCCUCCCUCCCUUUGACCCCCCUCAGCCCCCUGUCCUGGACACCCUCGACUUACUGGUCAUGUACUGCCGCAAUGAGGCUGGGCCGGGGGAUGCGGGGUUGGCUCCCCUUCCCCCAGCCCCGCAACUCCCUCCUCCACCUCCACCGUGUCGCCCCGCGCCCUACCCCAAUCCUGCCACCACCCGAGGGGACCGCAAGCAAAAGAAGAGAGACCAGAACAAGUCAGCCGCUCUGAGGUACCGCCAGAGGAAGCGGGCAGAGGGUGAGGCCCUGGAGGGUGAGUGCCAAGGGCUGGAGGCACGGAAUCGGGAGCUGAGGGAGAGGGCUGAGUCUGUGGAGCGGGAGAUCCAGUAUGUCAAGGAUCUGCUCAUCGAGGUGUACAAGGCUCGGAGCCAGAGGACCCACAACAGCUAGACGGCCCGGGCUUCGGCCUGUAGGGGGCGCUGGUCUUCAGCUCCGGCUUGCCUUUCUCUCUGAGGCGGAGGCGAGAGGGUCCCUCCAUCACCCCUCGUCCUCCAGCCUCUUUCCAACCCCCCCUUCCUUUUAUCCUCUCUUUUGCAUUUCUGCUUUUGCCCUCCAUCCUCCUCCCCAGAACCAGGGCAUGUUUGGCCUUCUGUGGUGACAGCUGAGAGACUGAGGCCCCCGGGGAGUUCAGGGAGCUUGGCAGCCGGGUCUCUGGACGGGG